CACUCCGAAAUUCACGGGAACUUACGUCACCAUGCUUUUUUCCGAAAAACGCACUUUCGUCACAUGUGACGAAAGUACACCCCCCCUAUGACGAAAGUGCGUUGUGACGAAAGUUCCUUUUACCUUCUAAACGACGUUAGUUUUUGCUAGAACUUGACCAAGCAAUGAUAUAGUAGCGAUAUAGUAUAAAGGCAGAGUCCCAUCAGAUACUACAAUCGUGCAAUAACCUAACAGUUCGAGUAUAUAAUUUGAAAAUUGGAAAGUAAUUCAUAUAAUUUGUUCUAAUUAAACUGUAAAAAUCAACGUCAAAUUAUCUAUUGUCCUAUUAUAAAUAUGAAUGAUGGCUCAUAUCAACUACUACCAUCGGAGCCAAAAUACAAGAGCAGUGGUUAUUUUUUUAAUAACUCAACAAAAAAAUAGAGGCUUGCGAUUUUUACCAUUUCUACAAGCAAAAUCGAUUUUUGGAAAAAUUUUCGAAGCCGGAUUUCCAGAGGAUCUUUGGAGAACUAGCCUGGAUUUUUCAAAAUUCAAACAGAAAUCUAUUGAUUAUUUUGGGGGCAUAUAUAGUCCAAAGUGUCCUCUACAAAACUGAAUCCAAGCGACAUCUUAAAAACCCAUGGUUCGGGAGCUACAGACAUUUUUCCUGAAGCCUUAGCACUCCUCUGCCGUUAGGUUUAGGACGGUUAGAAAUGAAUGAAAACGUAGGUUAUCGACUAUGGUGAAUCUCGUGGCAAUGUUAGUUUUCAGAACAAAAUGCAAGAACCGAGUGAAAACCUAUACUAGGUGAAAUAACCCAUUUUUUAUUAUUUUCAUCAAAAAUUAAAUAAUUCAUAACUCUGUCAAAAUCCAUCCAACCUACUUUAGAAUGUCAGCAAAUACUCUAUUUUAUCUGCAACAUACCGUAAUGCUGAAUAAAUGUUGAAAAGUCAACGGAAAAUACUUUGGUUUCCAGAAAGGUUUCCUAGAAACCUUCGGAACUAAAAGAAUAUUUCUAUCGUGUUUACAUGCAGAAUUCGAAUGAGCGGAUAAAAUAGAGUAUUUUCUGACAUUUUGAAGCAGGUUGGAUGGAUUCUGACAGAGUUAUGAAUUAUUUAAUUUUUGUUUGUAGCUUGGAUUCAGUUUUGUAGAGGACACUUUGGACUAUAUAUGCUCCCAAAGCAAUCAAUAGACUUCUGUUUGAAUUUCGAAAAAUCCAGGCUAGUUCUCCAAAGAUCCUCUGGAAAUCCGGCUUCGAAAAUUUUUCCAAAAAUCGAUCUUGCUUGUAGAAAGAUCGCCUCAAGUCUCGGCUAUCGAAUGGUGAAAAUCGCAAAUCUCUAUUUUUAUUUACUGAGUUAUUCAAAAAAUAACCACUGCUAUUGUAUUUUGGCUCCGAUAGGUAGACUAAAUAAUAUGAUAAAUAAUAUGAUAUUUUUACCUUUUCAAAAAACAAAAUGAGUUUGAUAUUUAGAAAGGACUUGUAGCUAGAAAGCAUUUUUACUAUGUCUCAUUAAAUUUUCUUUAUUCCGUGUAAGACAAUAUAUUUUUUUUUAUGAUAAGUAGAGAAAUAGAACAUAAUAAAUAGUACAAUGUAUGAUUAAUCAUCUUUAUUGGAAUGACAUCAUUCUGAUUGACGAAGCGUAAUGAUGUUUGUAUUGUUUUCAUCCAAUGUAUUUAGUCAUCAUAAAACAAAGACUAUUUGAAAAUAAUAAAUAAAUAUCAUCCUACAUAAAAACUCCGUUCAGUUUAAAUAAAUUUUCAAUUUAAAAUGUUCAACAAUAACAUAGAUUUGAUUUUGUUCAUUGGAGACGAAGUAAAUAUUUUUUCUACAAAAAUAAUUGUUUAGUACACUAUUUUACGAUUCUAACUGUUGUUGUUUUUAUUCUAGUACAACAAAACAGACAUAAAUGGUAUCAAUGUAGCAUUAAUGCCUGAAUUAACUAAAGAAUUGAAACGUCAAUUACAUCAACAAAAAAAUCGUAUGGAAAAUGAAAAUGAUUCGAAUAUUUACAGUAAAGAUCCAAGUUUAAAUGAUGAAGUGCUAACACCAUUAAUCGAUGAUUUUAUAUCAAAAUCACAUUAUAUUCCUAAUGCUGAUAAAACUACCGACUAUUUAGACAUUGUACGUGAAAAUCCUUCAAAUUGUGUUUGUGCAGAUUGUUCUUCACCACAUCCAACAAUUGCCAUUAUGAGUUGGAUCAUUUCGGCUGUAGAAUCCUUGCCAUUUUGGAAAGAAAAUGAAUUGAAAUUCCCAAAUUUAUCGUUAUUAGCAAGAUUACUUUUCUCAAUUCCGGCAACAUCUACCGGUGUUGAGCGGCAGUUUAGUGCUGCUGGAUUUGUUAUUAAUGAACGUCAUGUAUCACUAAAUCCUGAGACGGUUGAGGAUAUCUUGUUAGUUAGAUCAGUUCAGAAAAUACUUGAACAAAAAUCAACUGUUCAUCGUCGUUUAACCUGUGAUUUUCUUUCCCUUCAAUCGUUACUUACCGUUAAUUGUGAUCCUGAUUUAAUUGAACUAUUAAAAGAACUUGGUAAUGAAUAUUCAAAUGGUUUAUUAGAACACAGUUCAUUUUCUAUAUUAAAACCUAAUGAACAAUCAUCAGAUUAUGAACGUGAACAAUAUGUAAAAGAAAAAUAUAUUAAUAAAAACUAUUUACGUCCAUUAGAUGAUAAUAUAAAUUCACAUCAUCAAUAUGAUUUAGAUCGUUUAUUAUAUGAAAAUGUUGAAACAAAUGAUUAUCGUUUAACAUUACAAUUGUUAAUGCAUGGUGCAAAUCCAAAUUAUUUUGAAAAAAUGUUUUCUGUUACUGAUCAUGCUAAACGUCAUCAACAAAUAAAACAAAUGAAAUUAGUUUAUGCUAAUGGUGGACAAUCUGAAUAUAAUUUAAUGAAAAAUACAAAUAGUACAUAUGAGACAACAAUUCAUUUAUCAUCACGUGGUGUAUUAAAAGAAUUUUUAACAAAAUUUGAAUCAGAUAUAUUACGAAUACAUUCAACAACAAAUGAUAAACGAUGUUUUACACAAAUUGAUUUAAAUAAUGUUUCAGCAAUAUGUAAUCAAAGUUAUAUAUUAUCAAAUGCAAAUAAAUCUCGAUUACCACCAACGUGUAAUUCUGGUCAAACAUGUCAAUCAACAUUAAUUGUAGAUGAUAGAGGAGUAAUUGAAGAUUAUAAAUGGAUAUUUCCAAAUGAAAUUGAACGUGCUCUAUGGAUAAGAGAAUUAUUAAAACGACAGUAUACAUUUCAUCAAUUAAUCUAUUCUGAUUUUAUUCUAUUAACAAAAUUAUCUGUACAAGAAGGUAUUAAUUCAGAAGAACAACAAGCAACAGCCAUUGUUUAUCCAGCAAGAUUUGUUAUUUGUUCAGAUACAUUAUUUGAUGAAGUGGAUCUAAGAAAAUAUUGUUCAUUAACAUAUCAAAAAAAUGAUGAAUUUACCGGCAUUGUACUAUGUCUUGUAUCAAAUCGUUUCUUGUAUUUAUCAUCAUCAAUACCAAAAUUAACCGAUAUGCUAUUUGGUUGUUUAAAAGAAGCAAUUAAAGUUAAAUCAUUAAAUGAUUUACGUGGACAAAUAUUAACAUCACAAAAUGUACCAGUUAUUAUAGAACGUUUUAUUAAUUUUAUUUUUGAACAUGGUUUAGAAACAAAAGGUAUAUAUCGACAAGCUGGUCAAGAAUCUAAAGUAAAACAAUUAUUACAAGAAUGUCUUGAAGAUCCAUUUAAUACAUCAUUAACAUAUGAAAAUUAUACAGAACAUGAUGUUGCCAAUGGUUUAAAACGUUUUUUUCGACAAUUAAAACAAUCUAUAUUAGGUACAAAAAGAAAUUAUGAUUGUUGGUUAAGAUCAACAGUUUUAGAUAAAUCAACAGCAUCAAGUAAUGAACAAUUAAUACAAUAUUAUCGAGGAUUAUUAAGUGAAAUGAAAAAACAUAUGCCCGUGAACUAUUAUACAUUAAGAAAAGUUUUAAUGCAUUUACGAACAGUUGCACUAUUAUCAGAUAAGAAUGGCAUGUCAUUAGAUAAUCUUAUAUCCAUUUUUGCACCGUGUUUAAUAUCAGGACAUGAAGAACAAAUGACUACCACCAUACCAUCACAACCUAUACAUUUUCAAUAUUCAAAAAAUAAUUCAUCACGAUUAGAAGAUUUAAAUGUUGAUGAUGAAUAUGAUAAAGAUGAACAUGAUUAUAUGAAUCUUGAUAAAAAAUUAUUAAAACCAUUACCUAAACAAGACAAUUUCAGAUUAAUAAAUAGUAGUGAUGAAACAACCGAUUCUCGUUCGUUAAUUUAUACAUCAGAAAAUUCACCAACCAUACCACCUCGUUUUCCCAUACCAUUAAGAAGAAAUCAAUCAUUACAAAGUAUGUGA